AUGGUUUCACAAGAUUCCCCCUCGAAUUCCAAUUUAAGUAUUCUACACCAAUUCAUUGUCUCAAACUCCAUAGCUAGUCAGAGUGAGAUUCGAAAUCAACAUUUUGAUCCUUAUGCAGCAAAUUCUAUUGGAAAUAGUCCUCACCCCCAGUCUCUAGGUUUGCUGCCAAACAUUUAUUCUCUUGAUGAAAGAAUAUCUAGAUCUACAGACCUUGUUCAUACCCGUCAACUAACAGAUGAAACUCGUAUAGACCGGGAUAUACGACUAAUCGAUCUUCUUGGAACAUCGACUGAGGUUUCCCAGCAAGCCCAGAGGCUAUCUCUAUCUCUAGGGUCAGUGCAAUCCGGGCAAAGAUCCUUAAAUUCAUCAAACUUCAUUAGUCCUGUUUACACGGGACUUGAUCGAAUGGCCAAUGAUUUCUCUUUCACCGGAAAUGAUUUUUCUCCCAUGAACCAAUCUUGUUCGACAUCAUAUGGAACUGAAUCAUUUGCUGCUGCAAUUGGGAGAUCGAAAUAUUUGAAACCAGCUCAAUCCCUUCUAGAAGAAAUGGUUAGUGUUGGGGGGAAGGACAUUGACUUGAGCAACCAGAACUACGUCGAGAUAUUAUCGCGCAGUUGUAAGAAAGGCUCUUCAUUCGAACUGAAAGCAGAGUUUUCAAACAAUGAACUGUUGAUUGAAAAACAUGAAACUUAUCUCAACCUUGUAAAGCUUAUAGCCUUGCUUGAGGAGGUGGAAAGACAAUACGAGGAUUAUUAUCAUCAUAUGGAGAAAACCGUGUCAUCAUUUGGGGUUAUAGCAGGUUCAAAAGCAGGAAAAUCUUAUACUGCUCUUGCACUCCAAGCUAUUUCCAAACACUUUUGCAGCAUAAGGAAUGCAAUUUUAUUUCAAAUUCAUGUCACACGAAAAAAGAUUACGAAAGAAUUGCCAAGAAUUAGCUCGGGUUUGUCUGAACUAAGCUUGUCUGAUCAAGAAGCAAGACAUAAUCGAAUGUCACUUCAACAGCUAGGAAUCAUCCAAACAUCAAGACAAGUGUGCAGACCGAUAAGAGGACUACCUGAGACUUCUGUGACAAUUCUUCGUGCUUGGCUCUUCGAACACUUCCUUCAUCCAUAUCCUAAUGACUCAGAAAAGCUUAUGUUGGCAUCACAAACAGGAUUGUCAAAGAACCAAGUUUCUAACUGGUUCAUAAAUGCUCGAGUUCGACUAUGGAAGCCUAUGAUUGAAGAAAUGUACAAAGAAGAAUUUGCAGAAUCUUCAACUGAAUCAGAUCAAGUAUUGACAAGUAGUUCCACAACAAGGGAAGGAGUAGGGGAUUCUGCAGAGGACUAA